AUGGACAGUUUCUUUCUUUCUUUCUUUGCACUUCUUGUCACUCCCAGUCAUUCGAUUACAUAUUUCUUCAUCUUUCUCACUAUUGCUCACGUAUUCCUUUAUUUGCAUUCUCCUCAUCCAACAACUUUUUUUUCCUUUUCAUUUUUUUCCUUAACCCUCCUAUUCUCCAAUUUCUUGAAUCACCAUCCCUCUUCCCCCUCUCUCUCUAAGUUCAUUCGUGAUAAAGCAAGCAAUGAUUCAUCUCUCAGUUUCAUUCAUUUCUAUUCUUUCUUGCAUCUUCACUUUUUCCUUUCUUUUCUUUCACUCAAAAAUUCCUUCAUAUUUCUCUUUUCUCUUAUGAGCAUUUUUUUCAUCUUUACUCAUUAUUCAUCCUCCUUCCAUUCUCUCUUUCUUUUUUCCCUUCUUCUUUUUGCUUCUCAUUGUUUACUUGCUUCCUUUCAUUCCUUCUUCUAUUCAUUCCAGUUUUUUUUUUCUUCAUUAAUUCGUUUUACUUUCUUGAUAUUAUUUUCUAUUCAUCUUUCUUCAUUUCAUACUUAUCUCAUUUUAAGCAACAGCAUUUCUUUUUUGUUACUUUUUUCUUUCCUUAUUAUUCCCCCCUUUCUCUCCCUCUCUCUCUGA